GCAGCACUUGAUGAAAGUCAAGACAUCAUUGCUUCUGUUGAGUGCAUCUUGGACAGAGAAAAUUAUUUUGUGAGGGAGGUGGACAGAUAUUUGAGGCACAAUGAUUUCUUAAAUCUGAGAAAGAAGGAGAUCCUGUACAAGAAAUGGCUUGAGGAUGUUUCAGACCCACUGCUGCAGAAAAUUGAGGACAAAAUGGAGAACCAGUCAAUCGAAGAAAUACGGAAAAGGAAGGAAGAACAGCUCUCUCUAUAUAUAAACUACUGUAAUAAGAAGGGCUAUGUGGCUUUGGAAGUUUAUGACCCAUCCGAGUAUGAUCCCUUCUUCCUGAAGACGUCUACAGACUGCUGGAAGGUUUCAAUACCACCUUUACAGGAUCCUCUGUUAAAAGCCAUUCAAAGAAAGUUUAUUGAGGCAGGCAUUAUCAAGCAGUGUGAGACAGGACAACCGUGUUCUUCCAGAGAGCUGAACGAACUCAGCAAAGCAGAACUGCCACUGCUUCCUUUGAGCCGGCAGCGUAUGGAUGCAGUUGAGUGGCUGAAGAUACCGCACGCCUACAUUGCUAGUGAUGUCCACCGGACGAAGAGGCAGAAGGCCAUCAACCAGCACAAAGAUGGUGGGAGCCAGUGGUGUCACCAGUCUUCCAGCUGA